AUGGCCUCGUCUCGCUCCGCCCUCCUGGCUCUCCAGCCCCUCAGGCUCCACGCCUCGGCCACCAGCCCUCAUCUCCGCAUGAUGGCCAUGGGCGCCCGCGGCUUCCAGACCGCCAAGCCGCAGGGACAGUCUGCUGUCGCUGCUAGCCGACAGGGACCCUACGUCAAGGGCACCGUCAACGACCCCACCCCCUUCCCUACGCCGAACCCGGUGCACGGCUCGUACCACUGGUCCGUCGAGCGCCUGCUCUCGGUGGCGCUUGUCCCCAUCGUUGGCGCCGGCAUGGUCAAGCACGGCUCCUCGGGUCUCCUGGACGGCGCCCUUGCCAUCAGCCUCCUCGUCCACUCGCACAUUGGCUUCGACGUCAUCAGAAGCGACUACCUCCACCCUCGCAAGUUCCCCAUCCUCGGACCCAUCCUCAUCUGGGCUCUCCGUGCCGCCUCCGCCGGCGCUCUCUACGGCCUGUACGAGAUCAACACAAACGAUGUCGGCCUCUCGGAGUUUGUUGCGCGCGUCUGGACCGCAUAG